GUCAUGCUCUAGUAUUAACAUCGACGAAUUGGGGCCGCGAGCAUCGAAAAAAAGAAGAAUGUGAAAUGAGAUUAACAGAAAUUGUUUUAUUUUUUUUUAUUCCUUCCCGGACAAAUUUAAGAUAUCUGCGUAUAAAUUAAAUUAAACUUUGCGGCUUACUUCCGUUGCCUAGCGACAGGCGAACCGGCGAAUGACGAGCCAGAUGUUUGCGUCAUUCGCCAGACACACCGCCGAAGCGAGAGAGACCGGCCGCGCAUCUGAUCGUUGGACUGUUCAGGCACCCGUCUGCCUGUUUUUCUAUUUUGGGAUUUAGCCUGGUUUGGUGGCCUCCCGGCGAAUUAUUGCGUUCAUUCGGAACUUCGACAUGGCAGCACUGCACUAUUGGACUACGGCAAGGUACCAACCAUGGACGUCCUGCGCACCAUGCCGUGGCUCCCUGUACCUUCUCUGGCAGUGUCGUUCACCAUGUGCACUCGCAUGUACAAGCCGAAGUCGGCGCUGAACAUUGAUUCGAAGUGUGAAGACAGCAUGAUGCCACCGAAUAGCACAGCGGAAUUUUGCAGCUUCGGUAUAGAAGCUUACCGGUCCCCCAUGUUGAAUGUGAAACAACACACGAUAUACGCCAUAACAGGUGGACGACCCGACCUGCUGGCAACCUACGAUAACGCCGAUACCAUAAAUUGGAAGAUGUGCAGCGUCAAGAGGCGCUACCGCGGAAUCUCUCUCGGCAUGGCUCUAUUCGAUAUCGAGUGCGAAGACUGGGGCAACCUGUGCCACGCCCAUACAAGAGAGUUGGCAAACCAAACCAGAAUUCGUGCAGUGGUCGAUUACUUCCGCAACAAGGCGACCGUGAGGGUGCACUCGAAUGUCAACUGCCCUUGACUACACGAGAAAUAGCCGUGGCCUUUUCCGCUACCCGUCCACGAAGAUACCCCGUGUGAAUAUAGCUGUGUCGUGUUUGUGCCUCGCAACGCCAAAUGUGCGCGUAGUGAAGCAGAACAGUAUUUCUCAGGUAAUGUGAACCUACGCGCCUGAGGUAAUGCGAGGAAAUGCAGUUGAGUUUUCAAUAAAACCUAUCUGUCGUUUACUGUGUAAAAAUAUCUAGUGGAAAGCCUAAUCUAAUUUGUAAUUGUGCUCUUGGUGUUUUCGUUAUAUAAUUUCUACUUUGUAUUUUGAAACUGCGAUACACGUCAAUUUUUUUCCCCAUAAUUUCUCAAUACUGUUGGCAGCUGGUCGAAUUGGUGCAAGUGCAUUUCUAGGACCUACGUGGUAAAUGGACACAAAUUGAACUUGCUGUGGUGGAAUAGCGCGGAGAACUGGAUGUUUAUUAUUGCAUUUACAAGGAUAAUUCGCCUUCAAUAUGACAGACUUAAGUAAAUUAAGUAAGCGAAUGCAUCUUCGAGUUUCUUUGUUCCUUUACUGUUUAUGUGUUUUACUGUGUUGUUCGUCGCAACAAUGUUUUAUUGUAUAAUAUAUUUCUGUAGGAAAGAAUAAGUUUUGAUUCAUCUUCGGCUUUCUUGUGUACAUAUUUAUGGAGCGCACGGACCAUGCAAUAUUAGAAGAAAAGUACAGUUCUAAAGUAUCCUUUAGGGUCGCCAAAGAUAUGUGUCAUUUUCUCAGAAUGGAAUCAAGCCUAACGAGUGAAUAAGUAAACUAAGUGCUUCCCUGCAAAAGAAAGCUCUGUCAUACGUAAGACAUGGACACAGCUUGCAGCACUGUAGCCCUGUACUUAUGCAGUCGUAGUUCUUUUGUUGCUGCUGGUAGCGGCGUUCCCCAGCGCAUUACAACGUCGUUUAUAGGACCUGGAAUGAUUCGCUUUGAAGCCGUGUUAAUCGACUGUUUAGGUUUACAGACAGUUAGUUUCAAGGAUUGCUGGAGAUAUUUCAGACUUGGGGAAUGAGGUGACCCCGUAGCCUUAACCACAGGCCUCAGUCCUGGCCAGCAGCGCGCAUAUCACCUCGGCGGUUCCUGUGGAACAGCUUCUGAAACAGCUUCUUUGUCUGGAACAGCUUCUUUGUCGUUUAUAGUAUUGUUAGGAAAUCUGCACAGUUUCUCUCUAAUACAUGAAAUUAUCUGUUGAAAUAAACUUGGAAUUUCUUUCUUUUUA